AAAAUGAUCCGUAUUAUUGAAAUUUUGAAUGCUGGCUGAUUUCAUCUUGUCAAUGUUACAGUUUGUAGCUAUAUUCAUCAAUCGAGAAGAAAAAAUCGUAUGAUCCGUAUGAUUCCCAGCAGCCAGUUGAUUCGGUAGCAACGCUCGUACUUUGUUUUGAAAUAAAAAAAGAACAUUCUGGGAAAUUUUAUUGACUGAAUCUUGAAAGUUAUUUUGAGUAAAAUUGGGAAAUUUUAUACCUUCCGCGACGCAUUGAAAUUAAAUCUUCGAUUCCCUUUUAUUAAUAUUUGAGACACAUGGUAUGCAAUUAGUCUUCUGGAUAAUCAAAACACAGAUACGAGUUUCAUUAUGGGCAUUCAGACUGAGGUGAAAAUUGUUUGGCGCUCCUCUAAAAUUGUUCACGUACUUUAUGGGUGACCCCUAAAAUUACACAAAGGAAAAACCGUGAUAAAUCGGGAAUUCGCUAUGGCAGAGGGGAAUGGGGAAAUAAAAAUGGAGGAGAAGCAGUCAAAAGAAGAAAUGGAAUGUGUCGAGCGAACGGAGGAUUACGCAAAGUUAAUCCAGUAUGGACUCGACGAAAAAGUGGCUGCCAAACUUGACGAAAUUUACAAGACCGGCAAAUUGGCUCACGUGGAUUUGGACGAAAGAGCGUUAGACGCUUUAAAGGAAUUUCCGGUCGAUGGAGCGUUAAAUGUGCUCACGCAAUUUCUCGAGUCUAAUCUAGAACAUGUAUCAAAUAAGUCGGCGUACCUAUGUGGUGUUAUGAAAACUUAUAGGCAGAAAAGCAGGGCUGGCCAAGGAACUGGCACUAGCACAGCCCCAAAAGCACCUGACGAAGAUAAAAUUAAGAUGAUACUAGAAAGAACAGGAUAUCCUUUAGAUGUGACUACAGGACAAAGGAAGUACGGUGGCCCUCCUCCAAAUUGGGAGGGUCCUACUCCAGGAACUGGUUGUGAGGUUUUUUGUGGCAAAAUCCCAAAAGAUAUGUACGAGGAUGAGCUAAUUCCAUUGUUUGAAAAGUGUGGUAAAAUUUGGGAUUUAAGGCUAAUGAUGGAUCCCAUGUCAGGUACCAACAGGGGAUAUGCUUUUAUCACUUUCACAAACCGGGAUGCUGCACAACAAGCAGUUAGGGAGCUGAAUGAUUAUGAGAUUCGGAAAGGCAAAAAGAUUGGUGUUACCGUAUCUUAUAACAAUCAUCGCUUGUUUGUGGGAAAUAUUCCAAAGAAUCGAGACCGAGAUGACUUGUUCGAAGAGUUUACAAAGCACGCACCUGGCCUGACUGAGGUGAUUAUCUACAGCUCACCAGAUGACAAAAAGAAGAAUAGGGGUUUCUGUUUUCUGGAAUACGAGUCACAUAAAGCAGCGUCUCUGGCCAAGCGAAGACUCGGCACUGGCCGCAUGAAAGUUUGGGGGUGUGACAUCAUCGUUGACUGGGCUGAUCCACAAGAGGAACCAGAUGAACAAACUAUGUCCAAAGUCCGAGUACUUUAUGUUAGAAAUUUAACUCAAGACUGCACGGAAGAGAAGCUGAAGGAGUGUUUCGAACAACAUGGCAAAAUUGAGAGGGUGAAGAAAAUUAAAGAUUAUGCUUUUAUACACUUUGAAGAUAGGGACCAUGCCAUUCAGGCUAUGCGUGAUUUGAAUGGAAAGGAGAUGGGUGGGUCCCAUAUAGAAGUUUCGCUUGCAAAACCGCCAUCCGACAAGAAGAAGAAAGAAGAGGUUCUACGAGCUAGGGAACGUAGGAUGCUUCAAAUGCUGCAAGGUCGCGGCGGAAGUUCUCCGUCGCAUCCGAGUAUGAUGGGUGGCCCAAUGGUACCACGGGGACCCGGACAAGGACCUCGUGGUACUGGUGCGGGUAUGCGAGGACCAAUGGGACGUGGCGACUACGAUUAUGAUUACGACUAUUACGGUUAUGGGGAUUAUCGAGGUGGCUACAGUGAUCCAUAUUACGAUGACUAUUAUCGAUACGAAGAUUACUAUUUCGAAUACGCGCCGCCUCCGCCACCUGCCAGAGGGAGAGGCAGGCAGCCUCAACCGGCUGGUCGUGGGCGUGGAGUGGUGGCGCGUGGCCGGGUCGGUGGCCCCCAAGCCCGUUUACCAGCCAGGCGGGGACACAACCCCGUAACCUCAGGGGCCCGUGGGGCCCAGCGGCCAGCCGUUCGUGGGGGGGUCCGCGCCAAGGGAAGUUUACCAGGUGAGGAUGCAGGUAAACGAAAAUUUGACGGGGGUCACCAGAACCAGGGGGAAUCUAAACGUCGCUUCCAGAGCAGCUGGGGAAACCAGCCCCUUGCCCAACAACCAUUAGGCAACACUUAUGGAUUGGCGAGUGUAAACGGUGGCGGUAGUGGUGGCGCUGGGUCUGGUGACGAUCCGAAAUGGUACCAAGACAGCUUUCAAUCGUGGAGCUAACUUCUGCCAGCUUGCAAAUGAACGAGCGUGAUUCGUGAACGAACCAACGUGAUUUGGGGGAAGGGGACAAGAAAGCUAAAUAAAUAAAGGGAAGGCGAGUGAGCGUGUGUGUGCGAGAAACCAGAAGAACUUUCUAAAAGUUUAUUCGUAAUUAUUAUUGCUCUGCUAAAAACAUGAGAAUUGUAAAUGUUUUAAAGAAAAUGCAGCACCGCGCUCUGCGCCGCCACCAUCGCCGGCUGUUGUUGUGAUUAUGUACAGUGAUGUGCCACUGGGACUGUAUUAUUUUACAUCGGAGUGACCACCCACCCCGUACUACUAUUACGAUACUACGAUACUACUCUAAGUACCACUAACUGCAUUGUCACAUUGUUCACUGCCAAACGAAAGAAGAUCGGCGAUGCUGACAUUGAGAUUGUGAUGGCUCGUAUUAAUUAAGAGGACUCUUGAAUGUUUGAGGAUUAUUAAGGAGCAGUUGACGAAUUUUGAUAUGCGAGGAAGAGUGACACAGAGAGAGAGAGAGAGAGAGAGGGGAGAGAGGAGAGUAAUGUAAUGUAAGAAAAUGAUUAGAAUCGUCGAGGACGAACAAAUGUACGAGAAAGAAAGGAGAGAGAGAGAGAGCGAGAGAACAGAAUUUUUGCAUGAAAGAGUAUGAAAGAAAGAGCCAAGUGGAGUGUCUGUGUGUGUAUGUGUGCGUGAAGCGCGCUCAGCGCGAUUAGACCUUCUAUUGUUGGUCUAUAAUGUGUACAGUCAGUGAAACUAUUAUUAUUAAGAGUCAGGCAAGUUUUGCGAUAAAAAAAAAUAAAAAUCGACGAGUAAAGAAGUUGCCAAUCGCAACUGUGUGUGACGCGACGGUGUCUCCCGCGGUUCAUAACAGCUAGACGAAGGACCGAUCGGGUCGGAAGGAAAUAUUGCUCAUGAAUGAGAAAAAACCCACUUGUACAGUAAAUUUCCAAACGACAGUAUCCAAAAGUGACGAGAACACUCGUCUCUAAAUUAUAAUAUAUUUAAUUGAUAGGAGCGCGUUUUUUUUUUUAAACGAAAAGAACGGAAAAGAAGUUGGAAGGUCCGCCUUGUAAAGGCUAGGAAAAAACGCGAGAGUGUUAAGAGUUGGCAAAGAAUGCGCGAAAAUUUUUUUCACGAUUAUCCUUGAAAAUUUUUUUAUUCGAAAAGUCAAACACACAAGAACCCUCACACAAACACACAUUCAUGCAAUAGAUGAUGAAAAUCGAUGACUGGCGACCGGAUUGAUAAUGAUAGUUACAGAUUGAAAUAGAACGCUAAACGUACGCAAUUGAAUACAAAUGCAUCAACACAUACAGCACACACUUUUGAGUGUUGACUUAUUGUUAUUGUUAGCCUGUUAGUUAAUUAGUAAGAGUUGUAAGUGCGGGCUGUAGUUGGUCCCUGUCCCUGGAGCCCAGACAACCCCCUGUUCUGGAGAUUAUUUAAAAGAAAGAAAAUAAAUAAAAAAAAAGACAAAAAAUGACACACCACUCGAUGUAAAACACGCACCCCCGAAGAAAAAAGCAAAAACCUGAUGAACGAAGGAGUAUGCGACCUUUCAUUUAUGUACUUGGCAUCAAUCAAAAGUCUCAUAUAUCAUCCGUUUAUAGAAAAAACUAUCCGGCUCGAGUAAUGCAUCAAUUGUUGAACGUAUUAAAUUUCCUAGGAACUUAGCCACUGUCGCUCGUGAAGACCAUACAAUGUCUGAUUGAUUUUCUCGAGCGAUUGUCAACCACGUUUCAAGGAAAUCUAAAGCCCUCAAUAAUUGAGCCACCAAACAUCUCAACCUCGACAAUUAUUGUGCGAGAUAGAGAGAGAAAGUGAGAGCGAUAAAUGAAAAAAGGCGAAAACGAAUCGUGAAUCUGAAACAUAAAAGAUUUUCACGCGUAAUAUGACAGAGGUACGACACGAACGAAAAUGACACCGCGAAAUAAUGGGAAAGCAAAAAGAAUCAGUUUAGACGAAGAUAAAUUGCUCGCAAAUCCUCUUAUUUAUGAGCAUUUUGUUAAUCUUUAUUCAUGUUUUACUUAAUUCUAAUUUUUUUCUUUGAAUCGCCGCCGUAUUGGCUGCGAAAAAAAUAAUCUUCAUCUAGUAAUAAUGUUCAGUUCCAAACUCCUACCCCCAAACCCCCAGCCCGAUUCCUUUUUAAUUGUAUCGACUAGGCCCACUCGUGAUCACCACGACUUGUCACAGAGAAAAGCCUCUACUCGAAAUUCUCUUACGUUAGACACCACCUUGUCUCUUACCUACCUUCUAUUCUACGUACCUACUCUAUUUAUAAAAGCAUAAUAUCGAGGAUAUAAUAUUAAUAUUAACAAUACGAUAAGGAUGAAUAUCGCUAAUCAUACUGAGUGGGUUUUUGUGACAUGAUAAUAUUUCAUAUUAAAAUUCUGGUCUUUGUCGAAAAAAUGGUAAUAAUUAUUGUAAACGGCGAGGAUUCAUAAAAUUAUCCACGUAGAAGCAAAUUAUAAAGAAAAAAAAUGUAAAAAAAGUUUUUAAGACACCGGUAGAUAUAUCGGUUAAUAAGGGAAAGCAAAUGGACACACCCACACACACACACACACACGACACAAUAUAUAAACACAUUGCGCAGAUAAUAUAAGAGUACGGCUUGCGGGGGCAAGGAAGAGCAUGUCUGGCAAAAGGCGAAGGCAGUUCACGGUGACGAGACUUUAGACUGAUCUAGGUACUAGCGUUACGAUAUUGGCCCUGGCCCCGCUUUAAAAAGGGCGCCCCGACUAUCGCGCACCUUUUCCUCCUUUGUAAACCUUUUUUGUACGACGACUGGUGGCAGUUGGGACGCCUGGGGGGGUUUUAGGUCGCAUUUAGGAUAAUGCACCACUGUGGCUGGCGACGCCAUAGCCUACGCGCCCUUUUACCCGGUCAAUGCCCCGCUUUAUUCGCGGCACACAUCCUCGGGAAAAGAACUAGGCUCUUCUUAUAUUUGGUUGACCCGUGUCAUGCGGAUGUUGUGUGAUUUUUUGGGCCGGCAUGAUUCACGUUGAUAACGGCUCAAAAACGUGUUUUUUUAAUUAUAUAUUAUAAAUAUAUUAUAUAUUAUAUUCCUGCGAAUAUGCAUUUUUUGUGACGUGAUGUUAUUUAGCAGUGAGAUAGGGAGAAACGAAACGAAGUUACGGCCACGCGAUAUCGACGAAAAGCUAA